ACCCCCCAGCGCCACAAAGUGGCGAUUUCACGACGAGGGGCCGCGGCCCGGUGAGCGACAGAAACCCGUAAAAGGCGCUGCGCUUUGAACGGGGAUUUCGGCUUCGCCUCGCCAUGGCUCGGGACGUGAAAAGCAAAUUAUCCAAGAAUCUCCUCCGCAUGAAGUUCAUGCAAAGGGGCUUGGAUUCGGAAACCAAAAAGCAACUUGAGGAAGAGGAGAAGAAAAUAAUCAGCGAAGAACAUUGGUUUCUGGAUCGACCGGAAUUGAAAGAAAAAGAGAGCCUCGUCAUAGAGGAAAGAAGCUUCGCGAUGUGUGAAGAUCUUCUGUAUGGCAGAAUGUCCUUCAAAGGGUUCAAUCCUGAAGUUGAGAAGUUAAUGGUCCAGAUGAAUUCAAGGUACAAGACAGAAGACAUCGGGGAGGAAAAGAAUGUGAAGGAAACUGAUGUAUCGGAUGAGGAAAUGGCUAGAAGGUAUGAAACAUUAGUGGGAACCAUCGGGAAGAAAUUCCUGAAGAAAAGAGACCGCCAUGUUUUGCAAGAUCCUAUCGAGGCGGAAAGCAAUGAGAGGAGGCCCAUCAAAAUGAGAAAAGGAUUUUUAAAACCCCAGGAUUAAUGUCGGAUGUCGUGUGUGUUCCUGCAAGGAACAGAAAGUUAGAAUGCCAUUUAUUUUUGUAAAUUGCUGACUCUCCCAGACAGGACUGGUCCUUUUUUUCCUCUCCCGCCCUCCCCCCCCCCCAAUACUCAAAGGACGUUAUACAUCCUCUCUUCCCCAUGCACAAAUUUUUGAGGAGCACAAAAGCAGAUGUAAGCGGAUGUUGGUAAAUAGUAGGGAAAUCGUUCCUUUUUUUUAAGAAACAGAAUUCAAGGCUUGGUUUUUAUCUGCUUCGUCUUGAAAAACGCAUUCCUAAGGGGCAGGCGUUUUUAAUUUCUGAAGAUGUUCUCCAGGUGCCUUAACAUUAUUUUUGUUGAGGAAAACACGGAUUCCCAAAAGAAGAAGAGGGUUAAAGCAAGGGGUGGUGGGAAAUGCAUCUUUUUGCUGUAGCCUCUUUUUGGGGGACCGGGGGAGACCUUUCUUUAAUGUAUCAGCCAAAUGGGCCUAUUAUCACUUAGAAAUAAAUAAUAAUUAUGUUCCAUU